UUAGAAAUUUUGUUGCCAGAUGUGUCCCCACAUUACCAUGGAAACAAACAACAAUCAGCUGAUUUGCCGUCAUAACACAUUGGACUAGCUAAAUUAAUUGUUAAUUAUAUUAAAUAAUAUAUAUUAAGACUAAGUUUAAGAAUUAAAAAUGUUACGAAGUUUAAAAAUAACAACGGGACUAAAUAGGUUAUUGUUGCGGCACCGAAGGAACUCAACUUUGACAUCACUACAGGACACAGGAAUUGUUUACGAUUGCAUAGUGAUUGGAGGUGGCCAUGCCGGUACAGAAGCAUGUGCGGCGGCGGCAAGAAUGAAUGCACGAACGUUGUUAUUAACACACAAAAUAGAGACAAUUGGUGAAAUGUCAUGUAAUCCAUCAUUUGGUGGAAUCGGCAAGGGACAUUUAAUGCGUGAAGUCGACGCAUUGGAUGGUUUGUGCGCACGUUGUUGUGAUGUUUCUGGAGUGCAAUAUAAAGUUUUAAAUCGGAGACGUGGACCUGCUGUAUGGGGACCGCGCGCACAAAUCGAUCGUCAACUAUAUAAGAAAGCUGUGCAAAGCGAACUAUUCAAUAUGGCAAACUUGGAAAUACGUAGCGCAGCUGUGGAUGAUUUAUUUAUCGACGCAGUUGGGGAUGGAAAAACACAAUCUUGCAAAGGUGUAAUAUUGCAAAGUGGGGAAAUUGUAUAUAGUCACACAGUCAUUUUGACAACGGGUACAUUUUUACGCGCAAACAUCAAUAUAGGACUUGAAGUGCGACCUGCAGGCAGAAUAGGAGAUGAACCGGCAAUGGCAUUGGGUCAAUCACUGGAGACAAUAGGAUUUCGUAUGGGACGUUUAAAAACGGGAACGCCGCCACGCAUUGCUAAAGAUAGCAUUGAUUAUGAACGCAUAACGCGACAUACGGGUGACAAUCCGCCAGUGCCUUUCUCAUUUCUGAACGAUAGAGUUUGGAUUGAAGCAGACAAACAACUGCCUUGCUAUCUAACGCAUACAACAUUGCGUGUUAAUGACAUUGUGCGACAAAACUUGCACGUAAAUCGGCAUGUGACUGAAGAGAUCACUGGUCCUCGAUACUGUCCGUCCAUUGAGUCAAAAGUAUUACGGUUUGGUGAAAAGGAACAUCAAAUCUGGUUGGAACCAGAGGGUUUCGAAAGUGAACUAAUCUACCCACAAGGACUGUCGUGUACUUUGCCAUACGAACAACAAGUGGAAUUGGUGCAUAGCAUCGACGGCUUGGAAAAAGCUAAGGUGGUGCAACCUGGUUAUGGAGUGGAAUAUGAUUUCAUUGAUCCACGUGAACUUUCGCCUACACUAGAAACAAAACGAGUGGAAAACCUUUUCUUUGCCGGACAAAUAAACGGCACGACGGGUUAUGAAGAGGCAGCAGCGCAAGGUAUAAUUGCCGGUGCAAAUGCGGCUGGCAAAGCAAAAAAUUCACACAACGCUAAAAGUGAAGACAAUAAACUGGCGCAACUAAAAAUUAGUCGAACUGAAGGUUAUAUUGGCGUACUCAUCGAUGAUCUAACCACUUUGGGCACCAAUGAGCCAUAUCGCAUGUUUACUAGUCGCGCAGAGUUUCGUCUAUCACUACGUCCAGAUAAUGCGGAUAUACGUCUAACCGAAAAAGGCUACAACAUUGGUGUUGUCAGCGAAAAACGUUACAAACAUUUCAAGGAAACAGCACAAAAACUCUAUCUUGCCAUUGAACAACUAAAAUCACUGCAGCAACAUUCCAAUUAUUGGCGACGUAAGCUUGGCUUACGCGAAGCCAAAGCAUCAGUGGAAAAAAGCGCAUUCGAUAUGCUUGGCAUACCGGCAGAUAAUAUAACACUGACGCACUUGAUAGAAUUGCAACCAGAAGUUUUGGGUUGGUUACGUGACGAGCGCGUGAUAUGCGAACGCGUAAAGAUCGAAGCGUUGUAUGCAUAUUUCGUGACCGAACAGCAGCGUGAUGUAGACGAUGUGCGGCGCGAGGAGGGACUAGCGAUACCAACUGAUAUCGACUACUUUGCCAAAACGUUGAGUCUCUCGAAUGAGGAGCGACAAAAGUUAGCCUUAAUACAGCCACAGACUAUAGCAGCGGCGAGUCGCAUACAGGGUGUGACACCGGCCACCAUUGUGCGCCUGCUGAAGUAUGUCAAACGUGGACACGGUGCGUCGCCAAUAAUGGAUGCGUAAAAACGAGUGUUAUAUGUAUAAAUAAAUGCUCAUUUAGCAUAAUCUAGUUAGGUUUAAUGAAACUUCAAAGAAAUUAUGUCGUCGAACGCAUUAGAAAUAAAUAUAACAAAUAUAAUUUGUUCUUAUAGUUGAUUUGUAAAAUAUAAUUAUUUUUAAUAACACAACAACAAUGUCUCGUUUUAUUUGUUUAUAUAUUUGCUUUAUUAUUUGCAAUACAUUUAUGGUUUUAAUAAUAAUAUCGGAAUGCAGUAAGUUGUUUAUAGAAAUUCACUUGCAUAUUUCGCAAAGCAUAGUGCUUACAAAUCGUGGCAUACAUAGCUGCUUGAAAUAACUAAAUCGUUACUAAUAGUCAAUAAUAAUACAGUUAUAUUAGACAAAAAGUUAUUUAAUUACACAAAGGAAGUUACUUUUUUGUUCAAGCACUAUUUUACUAUGUGAGUCUAUGUAUGUAUGUAUAUAUGUAUGUCU